GUCGCCAGCUUGAUGCGAUAAACAAGCCUGGAGGAUCCAGACAGCCCGCAGUGGCGCCUAAUGAACAAUUUUUGCGCAUUGAGGAUCGGAUAGUGCAAAACAUCCCGCUGGUUUCCCUCUUCACACGACCCGAGGAGACUUUAGGAUCACGGCGAAAGGCUUUGGUGGUGUUUUGUUGAGCCAGCUAGCUUGCUAACGGUUAGCCGGAGGAGCUGUGCGGCUGGUUCCCAACAAACCUGGACGCGAUGUCGUUGGUGGACUUGGGGAAGCGUCUGCUGGAAGCAGCUCGUAAAGGUCAGGAUGACGAAGUCAGGAACCUGAUGGCCAAUGGAGCUCCGUUCACCACCGACUGGCUGGGAACGUCUCCGCUCCACCUCGCCGCCCAGCACGGACAUUACUCCACCGCCGACGUGCUGCUGAGAGCCGGCGUCAGCAGGGACGCCCGCACCAAGGUGGACAGGACCCCGCUGCACAUGGCCGCCGCCGAGGGACACACCGUCAUCGUGGAGCUGCUGGUCAGGAGCGGAGCGGACAUCAACGCCAAAGACAUGCUGAAGAUGACGGCUCUGCACUGGGCGGCUCAGCACGGCCACCACCGCGUGGCCGAGACGCUGCUGAAGCACGGCGCCGACGUGCACGCGCUCAGCAAGUUCGACAAGACGCCUUUCGACAUCGCCGUCGACAUCCAGCACACGGAGCUGAUGCUGCUGCUGCAGGAGGGGAUGCAGAACCAGGUCAACAUGAAUGUAGAGAGCAGCACAGCUUCCUCUCAGCCGCAGUUCAUCAUCCAGGGAAUCCCGGGGAUACAGGGGGGCGUGGUCAACCUGGCCGACCUGCUCAACAAGGCCAGCGCAGGUGAGUCGGAGGAAGCCAUCGCGGCCAGCGCUCUGGACUCCAACAUCCAGCACGCCGCCGUCGUCAACGAGGGCGGGCAGAGGGUUAUCACCAUAGUAACAGACCAGCACGGCAACCUGCAGACGACAGGAGGGAUGGGCCAGCCGUUCUUCGUCACCAUGCAGCACGGACAGCAGAUGCUGGCCGUCCCCGCCAAUACAGUGACAGAGGAAGUGGUGGCGGAGGAACCUCAGGCCCCGCCCAGCAGGAAGAGGAAGCUGGAGGCAACCACCAAUCACAACGAUGCAGGAGACACGGAGCUGCUGCAGCGGCAGCUUCAGGAGGCCAACAGGAAGGCUCAGGAGUACCGGCAGCAGCUGCUGAGGAAGGAGCAGGAGGCCGAGGAGUACCGCAUCAAGCUGGAGGCCAUGGCCCAGAGCCAGAGCAACGGCACCGCCAACGCCAACGCCGCCGGCGUCACCGGCAGCCCCGAGGAGGUGAUGGGAGGAGAGGAGGACGAAGAGGAGGCGGCAGGGGGGGAGGUGGAGGAGGAGGGGGAGAUGGUGGUGUUACAGGAGGGAGGGAUCAUCAUGGAGGGGGAGGAGGGUCAGGUGACGCUGGUGGAGACGGGAGGAGAGACGACGGAGGUCAGCUCCUAACAGAGAGGGCGGGGCCGACGGACAGGGAGGCGGAGCGGCGACGGACUGAGAGAACAGGGUUGGUGGGACUCGACUUCAUCCCUGACAACAGAGACAGAGGAGGGGAGGAGGAACCGCAACUGAAUCAUGACCGCUUGGUUUCAAGUGAGCGCCAUUCUGCGUCCCCCAUCGAUUUAAUCCCCAUAGUUAGGAGGUGGGACACAAAAUGGCUUCCUUUAGAUGACAGGAAGAGAGAGACAGAUUCAAGGACUAAACUCGUACCAGGAUGGAUUCCAGCUUUUCAGCGUUUUGAGUUCCCGCUUUGCCCCCUGGGAGGGAAGCCAAAUGGCGCCCACAGGAAGAACCUGAGAGCAAAGGUGAGCGACAGGAGGGGAAAACUGAACAAACUACAGACCAGCUGUCCUCCUUCCAUUUGUCUCACUGUUAUUUUGUUUUUUUUACAUUUUUUUAAUGUCUAUAAUUUAGUUCUUGUUCUUUUCUACUUGCUUCUAUUGACUUUCCAUCGAGCCGCAGCAGCGCGAGCGAUGCAGAUCAGGACCUUCAGCUUCUUUUCGUUGUGUCGGGUGUUUUAAAGCUGCCGCCAGCGAUCCAAAACCAAACAAACGCCUGAAACUCCCUCCUGAAAGGCAGGAGACACUUGGACAUUGACAUGAGAUGGUGUCCCCGCGGAGCUUCUCGUUACGUUGCUUUGAUUCACCAUUUGGCUUCCCCAGUUGAGUUACAUUGAAUAAUCAUGAAUAAGGUGCGAGGUGGCUUCAGCUGAUUCUCAUGCAGCAGCUUGCGGUGGCUCUUCAUCCUCUUGGGUUUUUGGACACAGAGCCAUUCGAUUCCCUAAUUCCCAUUUUACAUCAGUUAAUUCACUCUAUCUCGUUGCCCUGAUCAGCGUCUCAUCUUGCUGUGAUACUCCCUCUCUGAACAUGUUAAAUAGUCUGCAGGUUCCACCGUUUUGCUUCCGUAAAAUGUUUUCAAAGAAAGAGGGAUCUGGAAAAAGCUCCAGAUUUGAGCCUUUUCGGGCACUACAUUCAUUCAUAUUGAGCUGAAUUGUUUUUUUCCUGCUUUUGACAUGUUUCUGAAAUUUACUUUAUCAUGUCAUCUAAGAAUGGGACAAACUGAUUUAUGUUUUGCUCUAGGAGUCACCCUUUGGCUUCCCUAAAUUCACAAUACACACAGCUGAGGCGAAGAGCUGACAGGAUGUUUCUCCGAAGCUAAGGGACGAGGAUUUUAUUAUUUUGUUUUUUUACACACAGCAGUUCUCAUUUUUCCUGCUGUAUCAUGUAUUUAAUUCUCUUUUGCAUUUCAGUUGAUGAAGCCGACUUGAGUUUAGGAAAACAAAGCCUUAUUUCCAGAUCAGCAGCCUUGUGUUUGUGAAAUGUGAAAGUGCAGAACCAUGAAAGUACUGGAAAAUACAGGCUGCGUCCACAGAGAGAUGUUUUGUUGUUGUUGUUGUUGUUGUUGUUUUUGAAAACACAACUUUUGGAAACCGCUCUGCCGGGUGGAGUUUGUCCAGACACCACUUUGACCCUGCAGCUUUUUUUCAACAACUCGUCUUCAUUUGUGACUUUAAGGAGGAGCUCAAACCCCCCAGCCUCGAUUAGAUCGCUUCACCUCCGUUUCCCAUCAGUUUGGGACGUCGUGAAGACGUUUCGUAUCCAAACUCUCAGCCCUCCGGCACAUGCACAUACUUUACAUAAAGUUGUGUUUUCAAAAAAAUCCUCAUCAGUGUGGACACGGCCAUAAAAUCACUGGGACGGCAUGACUGUGUGUUAGGGACACUGUACGGGGGAGAAAUAAAACUCAAAUAUAUGAGGUCAAAAAAAAUUGAUUAUGAAAAAUUACGAGAAAAAAACAUGGAUUUUUUUCGUGAGUUUUUUUUCUUAUAGAUUUACCACUUUAAUCUCAGAGAAUAUCUCUUCUGAAAUUCUCGUUCUCUUAGCAUUACCUUUUUUUUUCCUGCCCACUCUGGCCCUGAUCCGCCGUCGUACAGCACAGUGCCUGUUUUACUCUGAAAUCAUAUUUCACUCUGCCGGAGUGCUGUCAUUUCCCACGGUGCCAGAACUCCAUGAACUCAUCGUUUCUUUCAGAUUAUGACAGAUUAUGGCAGUGACUCCUGCCGGGUUUCCUCAGCCGGGUAGAAACCAGUUUUCCACUGCAGGGGCCAACAGGGCCGACUGCUGACUUCAUUUAUAUCAUUUUACAUUUUAAUCUCCACCUCUUCCUGCUCUGUAGUCGAUGCGGUUAAUCUGAUGCAGAUUAUAGUGAACAUUAAAUCAGCAGAAUAAGUGACGCCGUGCCUCGUUUUACCAGCACAGAUUACCGGUCAGAUGGAUUUUGGCUUCAGUUUUGGUCUUUAAAGCUUCGUCACGUCGGUUUGUUUCCUGCGGUGGAAAAGUCAGCUGAUUAAUUUCCUCCAAUCAGCUUCUCAGCCUUUCAAAAUUUGAAUUGCAGCCUCCUCUCCCUCUCUUCCUCUUCCUCCUCCUCUUCCUCCCUUCCUUGAAUCAGUGAUAGGCGUCAUUUGAGUUGAGUAUGAUAGUUAUUUUUAUAAGCUCAGCGAAGCCAACCUUUUUCUAUGUACAUAUAAAGUUGUAUUUUUUUAAUUGUAUCUGAAUGCCUCAUGGGACGACAACGAUGAUGAUGAUGGUCAUAAUGAUGAUGAUGAUGAUAAUGAUGGCUGCCUGUAUUGGUAAUCUUAAAUAUAAACACUUGUUUUGUUUUGUUUUUCGGAUAAAA